GAAGCUUGCUGCUUUGCCCGAGGGUCGAUGAUUAGCUUCUGCGGUGGACUAGACCCGCGGAUGGCGGUAUGGACAACGCUCACAGGCUGCGACGGGCGCCAGCUGCAGGAAAGCAGCAGCUUCUUUCGAGCAGACGCUGUUGGUGACAGGAGCAAUGAGACCCAAUGAGAAAGAAGUCGAGCUCGCAGUACUCCAGCCUCACAGGUUGGGCAGCGCGAAGAGUCCAGGCAGUAAGAAGCCCCAAGGAACGUCGAAAUCCGUGGUGAUUGACAGGAUGAGAGCUCGUCCAGACGGCGCUCCCUCGAAACGGUCAAGGGUCCUGUGGCUUGCGGCACUGGCUGAAGAGACGCUCUCAAGCUCACGAGAUGUGAUACGGCAUAUGAUAGGGAGGGAAUAUGUCUCUUUGGUUCUUUUCUGGCCGCAGCGUGGAGAGGUAAAAAGCUGGUGGAGGUGCGACCUUUUCCGGGGGUGGAUCGUUAAGAGGGAGAAAUCAGAGAGUGGACGAUGGAGGGCAGAAGAAAGAACAGAGAGAGACAGUGGCUUAAGACCGUAUAUAGACGCAAAUAAGGAUCAAUUCGCCGCGCAAUGGCCGGUCUGUUCGAAAAGGAUGACGGCUAAGUUGCAUUAUUAUUGUUACUUGAGUUGUCUUUGCUUCUUCCCGUCUGGAGUCGAGGCUGCUCAUCUUCCUCUCUCUCCUCCCCCACAUCUUCUCGCGCCCGCAAAGAGGCAGCAAAGGAGAAGAGGCGCUCAUCCCAGAGAAAAUAUCCAGCCUCCCUCCUCUCCCUUUCUCGCUCUCUAUCUCUCUCUCUCUCUCUCUUUUUUCUCCCUAUCGUCAAUAAGUCCUGAUCCGACUCUUCUAAUUCUGAGUCCGGCUUCUCCCUUUGCCGCUCGUGCUACCAGUCUAAUCGGCAGUUCCUGCGUCGCUGAAGCGUCUGUUCGUCCCAUCAUUAGCAGUCUCCCCACACCCUCUUAUUAUUAUUACUUCAGACGUCCGGGUAAAUCAACUGUCUGUUCGCAAAGCCGCGGCUGAAGACUUCAUUGCUUGCAGGGAAGACCCUCUGCGCAGUUCGGUUGACCACACCCUUCUACGGCGCGACUGCUCACCAUCCUCACGGUCCCUCACCGCAAAGAGGUGACAUUACGAGCUAGCAUUGAUUGCUAUCCUGGUCCGGCGCGGA